GUCCAGUCCGUGUGUGUGUGGUACCCCGAGCUGCUGCUGCUGCUGCUGCAAUCAACGUGGAGCCAUUGUUAAGAGCAAGGACACGCCAGAGACUCCGCUCACUCACAGCCGGACCGAACCUCCGCCGAACACAGCCGAACCCACCGGACACCUCCCCCGGUUUGAGUCCAGACCUCCUGAACCCAGCUGUCUUCUUCCUCAUUCUUCUUCCUCGUGAGCAGACAUGCCUCCAGCGCCGGGUGGGCCUGUGGGGUACACCCCUCCUGAAGGUGGCUGGGGCUGGGCGGUGGUGGUGGGGGCCUUCAUCUCCAUCGGCUUCUCCUACGCCUUCCCCAAGUCCAUCACUGUGUUCUUCAAAGAGAUAGAGGUCAUCUUCGAUGCCACACCCAGUCAGGUGUCCUGGAUCUCCUCCAUCAUGCUGGCUGUCAUGUAUGCUGGAGGUCCAAUCAGCAGCAUCCUUGUGAACAAAUUUGGCAGCCGGCCGAUCAUCUUAGUUGGCGGUUGUCUGUCGGGGGCGGGACUGGUCUCCGCCUCCUUCUGCAACACUGUGGAGCAGCUGUACUUCUUCAUAGGAGUAGUGGGAGGUUUGGGCCUGGCCUUCAACUUGAAUCCCGCCCUCACUAUGAUCGGUAAAUAUUUCUACAAGCGUCGUCCCAUCGCCAACGGCAUCGCCAUGGCGGGCAGCCCCGUGUUCCUGUCCACGCUGGCUCCCCUCAACUCCUGGCUGUACGACGAGUUCGGGUGGAGGGGCAGCUUCCUCAUCCUGGGAGGACUGCUGCUCAACUGCUGCGUGGCCGGCUCGCUCAUGCGUCCCCUCGGACCCAAGUCUCAGCCGGCUAAACCCGACCCGGUGGAGGUGAAGGCGGCGGAACCGGUCCAGAAGAAGACGUGCCUGCAGACCGUCAACUCCUUCAUCGACCUGACGCUGUUCAAACACCGCGGCUUCCUGCUCUACCUCAUGGGAAACGUCGUCAUGUUCUUCGGCCUCUUCGCUCCGCUCGUCUUCCUCUCUAAUUAUGCAAAGAGUAAAGACAUCAGCAAAGAGAAAGCCGCCUUCCUGCUGUCGGUGCUGGCGUUCGUCGAUAUGUUUGCCAGACCCUCCAUGGGCAUGCUGGCCAACACCAAGUGGGUCCGGCCCAGGGUGCAGUACUUCUUCGCUGCUGCCGUCCUCUACAACGGCGUGUGUCACGUGCUGGCGCCACUGUCCAUGGACUACACUGGAUUUGUGGUGUACGCCAUCUUCUUCGGCUUUGCUUUCGGCUGGCUGAGUUCGGUGCUGUUCGAGACGCUGAUGGACCUGGUGGGAGCUCAGAGGUUCUCCUCAGCCGUGGGUCUGGUCACCAUAGUGGAGUGUGGGCCGGUGCUGCUGGGACCGCCGCUGACAGGUAGUUUCUAUAACACCUACCAGACCUACGACUACACCUACGUCUCCUCCGGCAUCAUCCUCAUAGUGGCCAGUGUGCUCCUCUUUGUGGGAAUGACCAUAAACUACCGCCUGCUGGCAAAGGAGAGGAAAGAAGAGGAGAGAAGAGAGAGGGAGGAGCCCAAGGAGGAGCGCGCCGCCAUGUUGGCCCCUCCCUCUCCGUCAAAAUCUGACGGCGAGGCGGAGGAGAACAACAUACCGGCUGUCGUCACACUGGAUGAAGUCGCCAGGAUGGACGAAGACACGGUGUAGGAGAAACAUUGAGGAAAAAAAAGGACUCGAGAAGGACGCACACAUUUCACAGAAACACACACGAGAGAUUUGCAGCAACCACACACCCAUUAUAGCGAGAUAAAACCCUGAGGCCAUAGAAACUUACUAAUGUAAAAACUGAGACCUGCUGCUGUGACGCGAAGCUCGUCAGGCAGCUCGGCGCCGUGUUGAGACCUCUGCUUUUUUGGUAUUUGACGUGCCUUUGGUGAACUCAAGUCCUCCAGGAGCACAAACACCGCUUAUAUAUUAUAUAUUAUAUAAACACAGGAUAGACGCACAACAGACAGAAUGACUGUAUGAUACAAACCCAGUAAACUCAUGAGGACUUUACUCUCAGGGUCUUUAGCUGCCGUAAAGAUUCAGAACCUCACACACCAACACACAGACUCCACCUCGACUUUAGUCAAACCGAGGCUCAGAGUCCUUUUAUUUUGUUAGAAAAUACUGCACAUUUUCCCACGACUACAUACUUGCGUUGCUUCACUCCUCAAGGGCUGGACAUGAAUUAAAGAACACAUGUAGAUACGGUAAAUCAAUAGAUCAACGUUUGACAUUCACAGGUUUUAUGUUGAAUUGUGUGAAAAAUAAUGAAGGACAAUGGGGGGGGGGGGGGGGGGUCUGGAAAUUCAGCACGACAGUUUUAACUCUUAGUCAUUCUAAGAGGCAAGUGAGAAUAAAAACAUUCUGGUCCAUUUUUUAAAAUCUGAUCAAAAAUUGUUGGAAAAAAAGUUUUUGCCAGGAUAAUCUUUCAAAGUGCUAAUUUGUUUGUUAUUGUAAUACUCAUUUUGGCCACAUGAGGCUGAAGUGCAGCAUCAUCCAUAUUCUAAGGUGGACUCAAAGCAUGAAACAUAAUGAUAAUGAUAAUAAUAACAAUAAUCAAUAUUAUAAUAACCUAAAUUUAUAUAGCGCCUUUCGUAAACAAGGCCAUAACUGACAAAAUAAAUAAAGUGGUGAACAGAUGUGGUUGAGUUGUCAUGACAAUAAUGUUACUUAACUUACAAACACAUUAUUGCUUACCUUUUCUUUACUCGAAUAUUCAGUUGAAAAGAAAAAACGCCUUUUAUAAAUACAGAUCCGUAGGGUUUACAGAUUCUGAAAACUUUGUGUUUUUAAAACAUGAAUUAUGGAAUUUGUGCCAACGUCCGUGGGGACUCAAAACUAACUCACAAACCAGCAAUCUUUCUAAAUGGCCAGCAGGCGGCAGCUACAUUGGUUGAAGUCUGAUUGUAUAGAAUUCUAUGAGAUAAUUAGCCUUAUUCUUGCUUGAUUUAUUACCUCAGUAAACAUUUCCCUAAUGACUUUACUGACUCGGUCUCUAGUUUGAAGUCUUCUUAUAUAAAACAUUUUUUUGUAAUUUAUGGUCCCAUUUAGAAUAAAAGCAUACAUCUUUUUCCCAAUGUAAGUCAAUAGGAAAAAGUAUUUUUGGAAAGAAAUGAAGAAAAAUAAAAAAAAUCUUACCAGGAAAAAAAAAAUGAAGGAGCUUGAUGAUGAUCUUGGCAAAGCUUCUUUCAGCCAUUCUUAAACCAUGAACAGAAAAAGGAUUACCAGAUGUUUUUCCUCACCUUCCUCUGAGGACUUUAUGUGCAUAACAAAAACUCAGAUAUCGGAAAGCGAAGUUGAAAACUAAUGUAGGGAUUCUGAGAGGUGAAGAGUCACAGCGCAGUGUAGUGUUAACCGUGUGCUUGUACAUAAAUAUGUGUUGUGUGUUAUUUCGUGUCAUACACCCUCCAACCAGAGAAGCUCAACCUGCAUUAUCGUAUCAUGGAAGCCUGUUUAUUCCAGCAAAAGAAAAACAAAAGAUAAGCCUUGUGAUUAAAAAAAAAAAAAAAAAAAUCCUGUACGUUAUUGUGAUGAUAAACUUUCUCAAAUUAAAGACUAAGUUUCUCAAAAUAAUGAGAAACUUUAUUGAAAUAAUGACUUUGUAUCACAAAAUGAUUUUGUAUUUCCAAAUAAAUGAGAAACUUUCUCAAAAUAUAGACAGACCUUUCUCAAAAUAAUGAGAUACCUUCUCAAAAAUACGUAGUAUCUCGAGAUAAUGAGAAGCGUUCUUAAAAUAACUAAGUAUCUCAAAAUAAUGACAAACAUUCUCGAAAUAAUGAUUUGGUAUCACAAAAUAAUUACUUUUCUUUUCAAAUUAAUGAGAAAUCUUCUCAAAUUAAUCUUUUACCCUUCCUCGAAAUCAUGAGAUACCUUCUCAAAAUUACUUGGCAUCUCGUAAAUAAUGAGAAACUUUCUCGAUCUGAAUAAGUGUCUUGAAAAUAUUGAGAUAUUUUCUCAAAAAAUAAUGACUUAGUAUCUCAAAAUAAUGAGAAACUUUCUUGAAAUAAAGAUUUCAUAUCACAAAAUAAUUUCCUUUUUAUUUCCAAAUGAGAAACUUUCUCAAGUUAAUGAGAAACUUUCUCAAAAUCAUAAGAUACCUUCUCAAAAUUACUUAGUAUCUCGAGAUAAUGAUAAACUUUCUCAAAGUAAUGACUUACCCUGAAAAGCAUGAGAAACUUUUAAAGUAAUAAUGACUUGAUAUUUAAUAGAGAUAAGAAACUUUUUCAAAAAAUACUCAUUUUGAGACACUAAGUCAUUAUUUCUCAUUAUAAGGACUAACUGUUUUUUUUUUUUCUCAUCACGUGGCUGAACUGGGCUUCCACAUCGUAUUGAUGAAGACACAUUAGCAGAUAAGCGCUCACACAGUUGCGCCCCGCAGACUAACCUGCUGUGUAUGCGGCUCUCUCAGUAUUAAAUGACACCUCACGCUGAGACCGAAGCAGAUCGAUGGUUUCACUGGGAGAGAGUGUGCUGCUUUGAGCUGCGGUGCCAAAAUAGGAAGAAAAUCCCACACAAAGUCCUACAUUUUCAUUUUGGAUUCUAGGCAUUCUAGGCAUGUUUUUUUUUAUUGUGAAUAACACUGUAGUUUACAGUUAUAUCAACGAACCUAUGUGAUUUUAAAAAUAAUCUAUUUUAGCUCACUGUUUAAUGACAAUCUGACAACAAGUAAUAUUUUUAAUUGUGUGUGUGUGUGUGUGUGUGUGUGUGUGUGUGUGUGUGUGUGUGUGUGUGUGUGUGUGUGUGUGUGUGUGUGUGUGUGUGUGUGUGUGUGUGUGUGUGUGUGUGUGUGUGUGUGUGUGUGUGUGUGUGUGUGUGUGUGUGUGUGUGUGUGUGUGUGUGUGUGUGUGUGUGUGUGUGUGUGUGUGUGUGUGUGUGUGUGUGUGUGUGUGUGUGUGUGUGUGUGUCAGCGACGGGUUUCAUCAUUUCUUUUGUUUUGAAAUUUAGCUGCUGUCGUAUCAAACGCGUAUCAGUUUGUCUGUACAGAACGUGUCAUAUCAUGUUUUAUUUUGAAGUCUAUCAGAUACUCGAUGAUUGAUUACGCAUCGAUCGAUCGAUCAGCGACUAAGUUUACUGCCAACAUUUGUCAGAGACGUUUUUGUGUCCAGAUUAAAGGGAACAGAAGACGAAGAGACGACCUCUUUAGCCUGAAUGAGCUUUCCUUAUUUUCUCUUCUGGGAAAAUAAAUGGAGAUUUUAAACAAUUUGCUAUUUGGUUUAAAUGUUUCAACUUUGUUUUAUUUUUCUAAAUAUUGCUUCUUUUUUAUUUGCAACAAUCAAAAAAAAAAGAAAUAAUGUUGAAAGGUUCACAAUUUUUUUAAAUUAUAUUAUUUUACAUUUUUGCUACGUUUCAUUUAAAAAUGCAUAACUCAUUUCAUAAUUUCAAGGUAGUAAUUAAAUGAAUAAUUUAUAAUAAAAAAUACUUUAAAGAAUAGUAAUCCAUAUUUUUCUUUUUCCCACAAAAAUACCAAAAUCAACAAUUAAUUGAUCCCAAUAAUAUGUAUUCCUGUAUAAACAAGUAUUCUGUUUAUCCAAAGCCAAAUAUAUUUUAAAUAUUGGUAAAUGAGAAACUUUCUCAAAAUAAUGACUGAGUCACUUAAAAAAAUAACUUUUUCAAAAAAUAUUCAUUUUGAGAUACUCGUAUAUAUUUUUUUAACUGCAGGUUUUUAAAAAAAAAGAAUUUAGAGUAAAUUCAUCAUUUCAAAACAAUAAUAAUUUAUUUAAAAAAAAUACUAUACAGAAUAGUAAUAUUCCGUAUUAUUUUUUUAAAUUAUUUUUUCCCACAAAAUACCUAAAUCAACAAUGAAUUGAUAGUAAUAAUAAGCAUUGUCUGUUUAUCCAAAGCAAAAAAAAGGAAUAAGGAACUUUUUAAAAAUAUAAACAUUUUGAGAUACUAAGUCAUUAUAUAUAUAUAUAUAUAUAUAUAUAACUAAUUUCGUAUUAUUUUAUAAUCUGUAUUUUUCUUUUUCCCAUUAAUACUUAAUAAUUAACAACUAAUAAAUACUGUUUGUUGACCCAAAGCCUAAUAUAUUUUAAUAUUAUUUUGACUUAUUUGAAUAUUGUUUUUGGAGCCUUUUUAAGCUUCAUCCUUUAUAAUCUGACGGAAAAUUUAACAGUAACGUUUCUGUAUUGGAGUACUUCUCUUUAUAUAUAUAUAUAUAUAUAUAUAUAUAUAUAUAUAUAAUUCCCUUUUACAUUUAAGCAGGAAUGUGACUGAAUGUGUGGAAAGAGGUUUAUGUUUACCUGUGUUGUUUGUUUGAAAGGUUUUGGUAAUUUGACUGAUCAAAUGUAAGUAUUAAUUUAAAAAACAAAACAAAUUAAUUGUCUAAAUGUAAAUAUUAUUUGAAUUUGACAGCAGUCUGUUUUAGGUAAUAAACUGUAGUAGGUGGUCGACACGCUGUCAGUUUGGAGAAGCGGGCAGGAAGCUCAGCAAUGUUCUACUGUACGUUUCCAGAAUAUUUAAAUAUUUUCACCACUUUACCUCUGACUUUAAGUGUACGUGGAGCGAACUGAAGCCAUUCUCUCUGCUCUCCUCAAAGCCACAGUGGUAUUCUGAUCCCAGCAUCAAAAUAUACCUAAUAUAUUCCAAAUAUAUUAUUGGAUUAUUAUUAUUGAUGCAUUUAUGUCAGCAAAGUUUUAAUUCAUAGAUAGGGCUCAUUUGAACCACUUAAUAUACUUUUAAUGAGGUUUAAUUUUAAAAAAAAGUAAUCAAUUUAAAUUUUUGCUAUUUUUUUAUGUUUAAUCUCGACCUGAGAAGUAACUAAAGCUGUCGGCUGAAUGUACUGGAGUAAAAAGUGCAAUAUUUGCCUCUCAAAUGUAGUCGAGUAGAAGUAUAAAGUUACAAAACAUUGAAAUGCUCAAGUAAAGUACCUCAAAGUUAUACUUGGCUACAAUACUUGAGAAAAUGUACUUUCAUUCCACUGCAGAGCCACCAGACUCCAUUAGGAAAAACAGUAAUUUUACAUCACAGGAUACUGGGGUUGCUGCUCUACUGCUGCCUCGAUCGCUUAGUGCCUCGGAUGUGUUAUUGUGUAACUUUGGUGAAACCGAACCAACCCUUUAAAACACCAAAGUUACACAAUAACACAUCUAGACACUAACUGAUCGAGGCAGCAGUGGAGCAGCAGCUCCAGUGUUCUGUGAGGUAAAAUUACUGUUUUUCUCAAUGGAGUCUGGUGGCUUUGAAGAGAGCCAAUAGCUUUAGCUACAUGUGCGAAAAACGGGCCAGGUGGCAAGGUAAAACAGAGGAAAUAUUCUAAAUAUAGCUUCUGUGCCAGUACUCCUGCCUGAUUCUCCAAACUGGGUGCGUGCCCACCACCAUACGUAGCUACCUCAUAAAACUUGACUUCAAACAAGCCCAAAUUAGGUGCAGACGGGACACAUUCCCCUUCUAUAAACCCUGAUUUUUCCUCAGUUACAGCAGACUGACACUCAUGACAGUAUAAGGUAUAUAAUAUACUGUUAUUCAAAAAGCAAGAUUGAUUUAUUUUGAUUCAAAAUUAACUUAAACCUUCAGUUAUUUUGCCUUCGAUGAAAGUAUUUGAAAAAGAAAGGUGACACUUUGUAAGACUGCAACUAAACCAUUUCAUUGAACGUUUUCCAGUGCAGGUACUGCAAAGCCACAGCACAUUUUUGUGUUUAAAAAAAAAGAAGAACAAAUCAUUGUAAAUGUUUCUAUUUUUUUUCUCCUUUUUGUAGUUGUGGCAGUUGUUUUUAUGUGUGUAUGUAUGCCGUGUUUUUAUGAUUGUUGAGAGAAUGAAUAAACUGUUUUUAAAACAAA